AUGAGUGAUUUAACAAAUUCCAAACCCUAUGAGAACCAUUUGCUUAACAAUGUCAUUACGAACAAUGCCAAUAUCAAUGAUGAAAAUCUCUCGCCUGGACGUCGCAAUUUACGCAGAUGGUUAGGAAAACCAUUUCGUGUGGUUAUUACCGAUGGUCGGGUACUUGUGGGUUUCUUUAAUUGUACCGAUAAAGAUUCCAAUAUUGUUUUGUCCAUGUGUGCCGAAUAUCUAGAAGAGGGUGAAGAAUCACCACGGAUUUUAGGCAAUGUCAUGAUACCCGGUAAACACAUAAUCUCCGUAUCCGUGGAUCUGCCAAACGAUGAGGUAUAUGCCGUGCCACCAGUAAAAGUCUAG